CUGCGAGCUGCACGCUGCCAUCGGCUCCCUAGCAAUUUUAAGUGUGCUCUGGGCUGUUUAUGUCACGGAGUAAAAUUAGACAUGCCUGUUGCUAAUACCAGAGAUGAAACCCGAGAGCGAGCCAGACACGCGGGCACCUUCCUGCAGGCAUAGCUGGGCAGCUGAGACCCUCCAUUCGCAUCCUAAGUAAUGGACAACUUUACGUCUUCUGAAAGUUUUUUCUGAAGCUUUCUCUGAACCCUUUUGAAACCCGGCCAGCUGUGGUUAAUUCACCAGUGUGCUUUGCAAACUUCCUAAGAUGGCGCAGGAGCAGUACACGGCCACCACGGAGGGGACCCAAAUAGAGAGGCCGGAGAACCAGCACGUCUACAAAAUCGGCAUUUAUGGCUGGAGAAAGCGUUGCCUCUACUUGUUUGUCCUCCUCUUGCUCAUCAUCCUUGUUGUGAAUUUUGCUCUGACAAUUUGGAUUCUCAAAGUGAUGUGGUUUUCUCCAGACUCAUCUCUGCUUCUGCAGUCGACUCAGAAUGUCACCGUAAAUGCACGAAACUCAGACGGGGAGGUCACGGGCAGGUUAAAAGUGGGUCCCAAAAUGGUGGAGGUCCAGAGUCAGCAGUUUCAGAUCAACUCAAAAGAUGGCAAGCCGCUGUUCACCGUCGAUGACAAGGAAGUUGCAGUUGGCACAGAUAAGCUUCGAGUAACUGGGCCUGAAGGGGCUCUUUUUGAACAUUCAGUGGAGACACCUCUUGUCAGAGCCGACCCAUUUGAAGACCUAAGGUUGGAAUCCCCCACAAGGAGUCUCAGCAUGGAUGCGCCGAGGGGCAUACAUGUCAAUGCGCGUGCUGGUAACAUCGAGGCCCUUUCUCAAAUGGACAUCAUUUUUCAAAGUAGUGAUGGAAUGCUCGUGCUGGACGCUGAAACCCUGUGUUUACCCAAGCUGCUGCAGGGGACCCAAGGUCGCCCUGGCAGCCUGCAGGGACUCUAUGAAAUCUGCGCGUGUCCGGACGGGAAGCUGUACCUCGCCACGGCUGGCGUGGGCACCACAUGCCAGGAGCACGGUCAGGUCUGUCUCUGAACUGCUGCUCCUUCCAAGACGGCCUGCUUCCUUCCUUUCAGGGAGCUGAGCCUGCGGCCCGAGCCUUCACACCCAGGAGGCGUGGGCACCAAGCCUGAGCAUGGAGUUGGAUGGAGGAAGACCCGUUUUCCAGAGGAUUCCCCGCAGAGAAAUGUGGCUGAGGGAGCGCUCAGAACUCAACACGUGGGUGUGAGACACAAAAACUGCAGAAAUGUCAGAAGAACGUGUUUAUUUCACUGGAUCUUGGCUACUUUCCAUCAGAACAUUGUGACCUUCCUCUUCCCAUCUGUCCUCGCUGACCUGCACGUGGAAUUAACUCACGAUGCUCAUCGGCGGAUCUGUAACUACUCGCGAAGUGGGGCCGGUCGGUGCCAACACACCUCAACGUCCAACCUCAGCGGCAGGCAGUGGCAGGUUUCGCAAGAGAAUGUGCAGAUUUUCAAGACAAUUUAAAGUUCAUCUGAUUUUUAAUAUGUAGUCAAGGAAAUAAAUUACACACAAUCAGUCACACGCAAUAAAAGUCAACCUGCAUUUUUCACAGAAUUCAGUGUGAGAGUCUUACCUUCUUUAAUCCUCACAGCUCUUAUGUACUGUUUUCCCCAACUUACUGGUGACAGACUCACGCUGUCUCAGGGUCACAGGUAACUACUGAAGCUUACCAAAAUUGUGACCUUAAAUUUGCGUAGCUGCUUUCACUUGGAAAAACUCUGAUGUAAUGUCUCAUUUCACCUCAAACGCCAAAAUACAUGAGAACUGUACAGCUGGGAUACAGCUAACUGACAAAGGAAGACCUGAAGCCCAAAGGGCAUUGUUACCUACUGAGAUCAAACAGCUGCUAAGUGGCAGGAUUUACACUAGCUCUGCCCGGGUGCUUUUUUCAGCACAGAAGGACCGAGUGCAGCUACACAGAAGCACACUCCUACUGUCUGUGAAAAUGUGGUUCGUGCCAACUGUGUGGAAAUGGAUCUAAACCAAACAGGGCACACCAAACUUGUGAGAACAGGUUCAUUUCACGCAGAUCACUCACUCACUUUAUAAAAUGUUCCCCAUCCCAAGAGAGGGUGUGCUUGUUCUGUUACGACCAGUUCUUUACAGUUCCCAAAAAGCUACACAUAUAGUGACCAACAGCAUCCCAACUUUCUAAUACAUGCUUUGUGAUACAAGUUCAAAGUUAUUUUCUAGUCUCAGAAUCAAAAAAUUAGAAAAGCAAACAUGAGUUCUAGUGCCGCUUUAAUAAGGUAGUAACAGUUUAACCCCCUCAUAACUCUAUAGAGUUUUAAGUUGCUAUUAUACAACUAAUGAAAUUACAAGAUAAAAACACAGGCCUUCUUAAAGCAGCUAAGAGCAAAGUCACCUCUCAACUGUAAUGUUCCUCAAGUUUCACAGGGGGUUGGGCGCUUUUAAUUAUAAAUUGGUGUCUACUUUUUCCAUUUAGUUAAGUCCUGAAUUUUAAAACUAAUAAAUGACUUCCAUACUGCAA